AUGGCACCUUGUUCGACGUCGUCCUUCCCAGGCCGGGCAUGGGAGGCCGCUGAGCUGCGGUUGAAGAGCUGGGACGACCUGCACGCCCUCUGGUUUGUGCUCCUGAAGGAGCGCAACAGGCUGCACGCCGAGCGUAUGAUGCACCAACAUCUGAAGACCAACAUGCCGGAGAUCACACGCUACAAGAAGGUGAAGCUCUCCAUGAACCGGAUCAAGCAGGUCAUGAGCCAGCGAGCACUCAAUGAGCACACCGACCCGAUUGUGCAGGCCAAGUUGAAAGCUUUCAUCAACGCCCUUUGA